GAAUAAAACACGAGGAACCAGAAACUUUGAAAAUAAAACAAGAGGAUAAAGCAGAAUUCAUUGAAGAAAAAGAGGAAAAUGAAGAAUCAAGUGAAGUUGAGGAGAAAAAUCAUGUCAAAAUUGGCGGAAAACUUUGCAAGUGCGGUAAGAGUUUCACACAAUCAUCAAACCUCAAGGAUCACAUGAACAUCCACACUGGAGAGAAGCAGCACGCAUGUGAUCAAUGUGGUAAAAUGUUUUUAUUGGCUUCACUUCUGAAGAAACACUUGAAAGUUCAUGCAAAGAAGAAGCCACAUUCAUGUCAUUUGUGUGGUAAGAGUUUUUUGCAUCUACAAAGUUUGAAAGUACAUCAGAAAAUACAUACUGGUGUGAGAGAGUACGUGUGCGUUGAGUGUGAAAAAACUUUUAGUUCAGUGAGCAGUUUAAAACUGCACGAGAGGAUUCACACUGGUGAGAAACCUUACAAGUGUUCACACUGUGACAAGAGAUUCAGUCAAUCAUCAAGUCUGAAAACACAUGAGAGGAUCCACACUGGAGAGAAACCUUACAAGUGUUCACACUGUGACAAGAGAUUCAAUCAAUCAGCAUAUCUGAAAACACAUGAGAGGAUUCACACUGGAGAGAAACCUUACAAGUGUUCACACUGUAACAAGAGAUUCAGUCGUUCAUCAAAUCUGAAAACACAUGAGAGGAUCCACACUGGAGAGAAACCUUACAAGUGUUCACACUGUGACAAGAGAUUCAGUCAUUUAUCACAUCUGAAAACACAUGAGAGGAUCCACACUGGAGAGAAACCUUACAAGUGUUCACACUGUGACAAGAAAUGCAGUGAUUCAUCAAUUCUGAAAAGACAUGAGAGGAUUCACACUGGAGAGAAACCUUACAAGUGUUCACACUGUGACAAGAGAUUCAGUGAUUUAUCAAGUUUGAAAACACAUGAGAGGUUCCACACUGAAGAGAAAAUUUAUAAGUGUUCACACUGUGACAAGAGAUUCAAUAAUUUAUCACAUCUGAAAACACAUGAGAGGAUUCACACCGGAGAGAAACAUUACAAGUGUUCACACUGUGACAAGAAAUGCAGUGAUUCAUCAACUCUGAAAAGACAUGAGAGGAUUCACACUGGAGAGAAACCAUACAAGUGUUCACACUGUGUCAAGAGAUUCAGUAAUUCAUCAAAUCUGAAAACACAUGAGAGGAUCCACACUGGAGAGAAACCUUACAAGUGUUCACAUUGUGACAAGAGAUUCAAUCAUUUAUCAAGUCUGAAAACACAUGAGAGGUUCCACACUGAAGAGAAAAUUUAUAAGUGUUCACACUGUGACAAAAGAUUCAAUAAGUUAUCACAUCUGAAAACACAUGAGAGGAUCCACACUGGAGAGAAACCUUACAAGUGUUCACACUGUGACAAGAGAUUCAGUGAUUUAUCAAGUUUGAAAACACAUGAGAGGAUUCACACUGGAGAGAAACCUUACAAGUGUUCACACUGUGUCAAGAGAUUCAGUAAUUCAUCAAAUCUGAAAACACAUGAGAGGAUCCACACUGGAGAGAAACCUUACAAGUGUUCACAUUGUGACAAGAGAUUCAAUCAUUUAUCAAGUCUGAAAACACAUGAGAGGUUCCACACUGAAGAGAAAAUUUAUAAGUGUUCACACUGUGACAAGAGAUUCAAUAAGUUAUCACAUCUGAAAACACAUGAGAGGAUCCACACUGGAGAGAAACCUUACAAGUGUUCACACUGUGACAAGAGAUUCUGUCAGACAAGAGAUCUAAAAAAACAUGAGAGGAUUCACACUGGAGAGAAACCUUGUAAGUGUUCACACUGUGACAAGAGAUUCAAUAAUUUAUCACAUCUGAAAACACAUGAGAGGAUUCACACCGGAGAGAAACCUUACAAGUGUUCACACUGUGACAAGAAAUGCAGUGAUUCAUCAACUCUGAAAAGACAUGAGAGGAUUCACACUGGAGAGAAACCUUACAAGUGUUCACACUGUGUCAAGAGAUUCAGUAAUUCAUCAAAUCUGAAAACACAUGAGAGGAUCCACACUGGAGAGAAACCUUACAAGUGUUCACACUGUGACAAGAGAUUCAGUCAGACAAGAGAUCUGAAAAAACAUGAGAGGAUUCACACUGGAGAGAAAAUACAUCACCGCAACGUACCUGGGAAGCGUUUCAUUAAGUCAUCUGUUGUACACAAAAACCAAUCAAAGUAAGGCCCUGUACAUGCGGAGACACAAUUAGCUGUAUAUGUAAAUAUUUUGUAUGGUAUAUGCGUUUUGUCCAGAUGGAUCCGGCAUUCGGGGCAGUGAAAAGGCAAUUUUCUUUUAAACCAGGUCCCAGAGUGGAUAAAUCUGAAAAUGACACCUUUGGGGUUUUGUGUUCUGCCAAUCCAUAUAUUUUGUGAAACAAUGAUGUCAUCACCGCACAUCCCUACUAUAUUCAGACACCAAAAAUUAUCCAGACUCCAGAUAUAAUUUUUUAAAUACAUAUUUUACUAGUAGGUACUGGACACUAAUACAUUUAUGUAAGUGAGUAUAAGCAAACUGUGACAUAUUAUACCCAAAGAAUCUUCAUACAGUGAAC